AUGGGAGCCGGGUCGGAGAGGCCAAAGGCGAACGGUUCUAUCACACCCUCAUUCGCGCCAGUAGAUGACGCCGAGUUCAGGAAAUGGUUUCCAGGCCUCCUUCUUAGCCGCACAUCCUGCCCACACCCCAGGUGGCGAGUGGUGUGCUUCCCAAACGCUGGCAAUGCAGAGGACAUGUACACCAGUGAGGGCACUGGCGCAAGAAAGGUCUCCAGUCCUCUUCUGGAGUGGUGCCGUGAGAACGAUGCAGAGUGCCUGGCAGUGCAGCCGCCUGGGCGCAACAUGCGCAUGAAGGAGCCAUGCAUCACCACCUGCCGGCACAUGGCUGCAGCCCUGCUGCCUGUUCUGGCACCCAAACUGCUCGACACGCCUUACAUUGUGAUCGGUCACAGCGUGGGCACAUGGAACGCCUUUGAGUUCCUCAUGUUGGCGCAAUCAGAGGGCGUUCCAAUGCCGCGGCAUGUCUUUCUGUCAGCCAUGGCUGCGCCCAAUAUCCCCACGGAGCAGAGACCAUGGAGACGACAGCACUCCCUCUCCGAGGCAGACUUCAAGGAGGAGUGCAGGGCAUGGGAUGUAAAUGAGGUGUUGUUCACACCUGCUCUGUGGCCGACCUAUCACAGCCUCAUGCGGGCAGACUUCACCCUUUUUGAUGAGUACGAGUUCACACACACUGGUGCUAGCCCUUUCGCAUUUCCCAUCACAUCGUUCUUUGGAACAAGUGACCGUAGGAUCAAGGAGGAGAUGGUGGUGAGGUGGGCACGAUUCACCACAGGAGGAUUUGAGUGCCUUCCAAUUGAGGGACACCAUUUGUGGCCCCUAGUGAAAGAGAGCAAGGUUCUGUGGCUGGGUGCGAUUGUUGAGCGACUGAAGAGGAUGAAAUGA